CUUCUUUCCGUCAGUUCAAACGCCCGACUCCUGAGAAGACUGAACACACACUCUCGCUCCGCUCUCCGCUCUCCAUCACGAUCCGUCUCUCUGGGUGUGUGUGUGUGUGUGUGUGUGUUCUGGAACAUGAAGACCUCACGCUCCCUCCUCUCGGCCAUACCUCUGUGGAUGUGUUUCGGCCAGGCAGCUGCCAUCUCAGAGCCCCAGAUCUGCUACAUCUUGGACAGCAUCCUCUUCCUCUAUGGCCUCAUCCUCACCGUGCUCUACUGUCGACUCAAGUGGAUUCAGAGUAAGGAGGCUUAUCCUGUGAAGAAGCAAGCAGAGGGCAUAUAUGAAGGUCUGUCCCCCCAUGCCCAGGACACCUACGAGACCAUCCAGCUGAAGAAAGGGAUGAAGUAGAGAGAGGAGGAGCGGAAGAAGAGAGGGAUGAAGAGAAGAGAGGAGGAGGAGCAGAAGAAGAGAGGGAUGAAGAGAAGAGAGGAGGAGGAGCAGAAGAGAGGGAUGAGGAGAAAAGAGGAGGAGGAGAGAGGAUUUGCUCCAUGUACCUUCACAGCAGCAGCAGCAGCAGCUUAUCUGUCCAAUACGCUCUACCGGCUUAAGCAGCAUUCACACCAAGAACCAUAACGAUAACCAUGACGAUAACCAUGACGAUAAUAACCAUGACGAUAAUAACCAUAGCGAUAACUAUAACCAUGACGAUAACCAUAACGAUAACCAUAACGAUAAUAACCAUAGCGAUAAUAACCAUAGCGAUAAUAACCAUGACCAUAACGAUAACCAUAAGCAUAGCGACAAAAGCGUCCACACUGGCCACCGAUAAGAAAAUGAUCUCCUCGUGUAAAUGAAUGUGAUGGCUAGAAUAGUAUGGGUUCUGAUUGGCUGUUAGCUUUUUAUCGUUCUCAAAACGAUCAACAACGAUAUCAUUCUUCAUGUCGUUAUCGUUAUAGUUUAUGUGUGAAUGCUGUCAUUCAUAUUAACGAGAGCGAUACUUAUUUAUAGUUAUCAUUAUAGUUAUCGUUCUUGGUGUGAACAGCCCUUUACUCCAGAUGGCAAAAAUUAUAAUUGUUAGAUGAUUCAGUUGUGUGUGUGUGUGUGUGUGUGUGAGAGAGAGAGAGAGAGUCUUAGUGUGUAUGUGUGUGUGAGAGAGAGUGUGUGUGUCUGUGUACAGUAGGUGUGUAUGUGAGAGAGCUAGAGAGUGAGUGUGUGUGUGUAUUUAUGAGGUGCACUGUAAUGGAGAAAUGUCACACACCCUGAGUGUUGAGAGAAGUAUGGGGCCUUAUGUCUCAGGGUGGACACAGUUAGUGUGUGUGUGUGUGUGUGUGUCUUAGGUCUCAGGCUGUACACAACUGCUUGCUGAAUUUCUGUCCAAUGCAAUCUGCUUGAGAGAUCUUUUUUUAAAUAAUAUAUUUGAUAUACUAUUUCAUAUCACCAUGAGUGUGUGAGUGUGUUUUUUGAUAUCACUGUGUGUGUGUGUUUGUUUCAUAUUACCGAGUGUGUGUUCAUAUCACCGUGUGUGUGUGUGUGUGUGUGUGCGUGUUAGUUUGUUUUAACUCUAGCUGUAUCAGUAGCUUGUUGACUAACGGCGUGAAUAUUAAAGUGUCAGCUUCUCUGA